AUUUUCUGUUUCCGGUUUACGUGGAGUUGGAAAACGACAAAAAAUGACAAAAAUGCCCAAAGAAAACAUCAAAGACCGGCUCGAGGGCAAUGAGCUUGACCUAAGUUUGAGCAGUCUGACAGUAGUACCCGUCAAAGACCUGGCACCAUUGACUAUGGCCACAAACCUGGAUUUGUCAUGUAACUUUCUUGUUACGCUACCAGAUUCCUUCUGCACCUUGAAACAUGUAGUGAGUCUUAAUCUCAGCAAAAAUCAGUUGACGAGUUUACCAUCGAACUUUGGUGCCUUGUCCAAGCUACAGAAUCUUGACCUUGUCAAAAACAAGUUGGAGAAAUUACCAGUCAGUUUCUGUCACCUGAAGAAUCUGCGACGGCUUGAUGUGAAAGACAACCCACUGGAUCCUCAUCUUCAGAAGGUGGCAGGGGACUGCUUGGAUGAUAGUCAGUGUAAAAGAUGUGCACAGCGGAUUGUAUCUUUUAUGAAAGAGGUGGAAUCAGAACAGGAGAGACAGAAGCAGAAACGGUUAAAAAUUGACAGAGAAAAAGAGGCAGUUCGGAAGGAAGAGGAGGCCAUGGAACGACAGAGGAAGAAAGAAGAAAAGAAUGCAGAUAAAGAACGACGGCGGCAAGAAUAUCUGGUGAAGCAAGCAGAACUUAAGAAACAGAAAGAAGCAGAAUUACAAGCACAGAAAAAAGGAAAAGAGAAAACAUCAUCAAAUGGAGUAGGUGAUCAUAUAGAUGUCUCAGAGACAAAAAGUUCAGGUUUCUCCGUCUGUUUUGGCGUUAUUCUGCCAUGUCUUGUGCUGCUGCUUGCUGUAUCUGUUGGAUUCUACUUCUAUUGUCAACAAAAUGAGAAGAUACCCAUCUGUAUUGACGCUCAGAUAAGGAUACAGAAAUUCGAAUCUGAUGCUCAGUUCUAUUAUCGCAAAUGGAUGUCGGGUGAAAAGUGGUAAAAGUAAUUCUCUACAGGACAAUUAUGACAUAGAAGUUGCUGGUCUAGAAGGUGUCUCGAGUCGUGUGAUCCUUUUCCCAUUUCUUAGCUCUGGUAUUUGACAUGCGUCUCUUAUCACACAACUUAUAGUGUUAUGGUAUCCUGUGCUAUAGACAGUUUUUAAUUUAUAAAUGCUGACUAAGCAUUUUAUUUUUGAUUUGCUCAAUUCACUAAAAAAUAUGUAUACGACCCUUCCACAGUAUUUAAGUUGAUUGUAUUAUCACUUUAACCUUAGUGACUUGAUAGUAGUAUCACUUAAAUUUGACAAGCUAUUGUCACUGUUCUACAUCCUAUCGUACCAAACCAAAAGUAAUGUACAAAUCAGUAACAUGUGCAUGUACGUACAUUAGAACCUCUCUAUUAAAAGGACACCCUUAGUACUGCCAAAUGUUCUCGUUGAGUGAAGUCACUAUGGUUUCCUAUGGCAGCCAAUACAUUUUGUGAAAUAAAAACUUCUUGU